AUGGCCUCCUACAGCUCCUCCGCCCAAACCGCCUCCUCCUACCGCCGCACCUUUGGCCAAGGCACCUACGCCUCACCCUCCCUCAACCGCUCAUUUUUGGGCCAGAGCGGUGGUGCCGGGGGCCACGCCACCUCAAGGGUCUACGAGGUGACCCGGAACAAGUCGGCGCCCGCUUACCGCGUCUCCUCCAGCUACUAUGGCGGGCCGGUGGCAGCGUCAAGGGCCUCCAUGUCCCGCUCCCACGCCGGCAUGGGCGAGACGCUGGACUUCAGCCUGGCCGACGCCCUUAACCAAGAGUUCCUGACCACGCGGACCAACGAGAAGGUCGAGCUGCAGCACCUGAACGACCGCUUCGCCAGCUACAUCGAGAAGGUGCGCUUCCUGGAGCAGCAGAACCAGGCGCUGGCGGUGGAGGUGGAGCGCUUGCGCGGCCGCGAGCCCACACGCAUCGCCGACCUGUACGAGGAGGAGAUGAGCGAGCUGAGGAGGCAGGUGGAGAUGGUGACCAAUCAGAGGUCUCGCGUGGAGGUGGAGCGGGACAACAUGGUGGAUGACCUGGACAAGCUCAGAAACAGACUCCACGAGGAGAUGCUCCAGAAAGAGGACGCAGAAAACAACCUGGCUGCUUUCAGAGCGGAUGUGGACGCUGCCACUCUGGCUCGUCUGGACCUGGAGAGACGCAUCGAGACGCUGCAGGAGGAGAUUGCCUUCCUCAAGAAGAUCCACGAAGAGGAGAUCCGUGAGCUGCAGACCCAGAUGCAGGAAACCCAGGUCCAAAUCCAGAUGGACAUGUCCAAACCGGACCUGACGGCGGCACUGAGGGACAUCAGAGCACAGUACGAAGGCAUCGCCGCCAAGAACAUCUCAGAGGCCGAAGACUGGUAUAAGUCCAAGGUGUCUGACCUGAACCAGGCGGUGAGUAAGAACAACGACGCACUGAAGACGGCCCGUCAGGAGACCAUGGAGUUCAGACACCAGAUCCAGUCCUACACCUGUGAGAUCGACUCGCUCAAAGGCACCAACGAGUCCCUUAUGAGGCAGAUGAGGGACAUGGAGGAGCGUCAUGGACGCGACGCCGGCGGCUUCCAGGACAACGUCGAGCGGCUGGAGGCGGAGAUCGCCAACAUGAAGGACGAGAUGGCGCGCCACCUCCGCGAGUACCAGGACCUGCUCAACAUCAAGAUGGCGCUGGAUGUGGAGAUCGCCACCUACAGGAAGCUGCUGGAAGGAGAGGAGAGCAGAAUUGCCUUGCCUGUGCAGAGCUACUCCACCCUGAGCUACCGAGAGACCAGCCCUGAACACCAGCCGCGGGCCACUGAGAUGCAUUCAAAGAAAACUGUUCUCAUCAAGACCAUCGAGACCCGAGAUGGAGAGAUUCUCACUCUGACCGCUGUGUUUCCCGCCUCGCAGGUCGUCAGCGAGUCGACGCAGCACCAGCACGACAUCAUGUAA